AUGGCGGAGCCACGAAUAGAUGUGGACGAUCAGGAUCAACCAUUAUCUUCGAUACAGUCGGCUGGUGGGCAGUCCCUAGUCCGCCAGCUCCUUGAGAUCCAGACCGCUACUAUCGAGCAAUCGAAAUCACUUCAUUUCAUCCAAAACCUCGACUGUCUGUAUCUUGAUAAAACCCGAGACCGAAAACGCCCCCCACAAACCCGCGAUUCAGCAUCUGAAGAUGAUCGCCCUGUGUGGCUCCGCCAAAGCGGCCUGAAUGCCCUCAAAGACCUGAACUAUGUAGCUGUGUCUUGGACAUGGGGAGCUUCAGAACCAUACGAGGAUUCUACAGCCGGCCACCAUCUAGUACAACUCUCUGAUGGAAAACGCGAACCUUCUGGGGUCCGCAACCGGGUCUUCGACCGCAUACGGCGAUACCUGGAAGCCCAGUCUGGCCUGCAAUACGUAUGGAUAGAUAUGCACUGCAUCUGUCAGGAGCCGGGCCCAGAGAAGACUCGGGGUAUGCAGGCAAUGGAUAUGGUCUACAAGCUGAGCAAUCACCCCAUUGCUCUGCUAGCGCGACCGAUCGAAUCGCACGAAGAGCUUUGCCUUCUCGCAGACGUUCUCAAGGGCAAUUUUGUGUCAAAACAUGCUUCUGGAGAAUUCCGCUGA